CAAUCGAUGACAGCGACGGAUUUUCACACUUCGGCGCUGACGACAUUUUGUCAAUAAAUUGGGAAUAUUGUUGGAUUUUGUUGAUUUUGUGCUUAGUGAAUAGUGUUAAAAAGCCACAAAGAUGGCAGACAAUGAACAAAAAGCAAUGCAGUUGAUGGCGGAGGCGGAGAAAAAAUUGAGUUCUUCAAAAUCGUUCCUGGGGUCACUUUUUGGAGGCUCGUCAAAAGUAGAAGAAGCCGUGGACUGCUACCUCCGAGCAGCGAACCUUUUCAAGAUGGCCAAGAAGUGGGCGCAAGCCGGCAACGCUUUCUGCAGCGCCGCACAACUGCACCUCAAGGCUGGUGUUCGUCACGAUGCUGCCACCAACUUCGUAGAUGCUUCCAAUUGCUAUAAGAAGUGUGAUCCUAAUGAGGCCGUGUCGUGUCUGCUAAAAGCAAUCGAGAUCUACACCGACAUGGGGCGAUUCACCGUCGCCGCUAAACAACAUCAGAACAUCGCCGAGCUAUACGAGACAGAGUGCGUGGACCUCGCCCGCGCGAUGCAGCACUACGAGCAAGCCGCCGACUACUUCCGCGGCGAGGAGUCCACGUCGUCGGCCAACAAGUGCAUGCUGAAGCUGGCCCAGUACGCCGCCCAGCUGGAGCACUACGACAAGGCGAUACAGAUCUAUGAGCAGAUCGCCAAGUCGUCGCUAGACAACAGCCUGCUGAAAUACAGCGCGAAGGAAUACAUGUUCCGCGCGGCGCUGUGCCACCUAUGCGUGGACAUCCUCAACGCACAGCACGCCGUGGAGAAGUACUGCGGCCUCUACCCGGCGUUCACCGAUACCCGGGAGUGCAAGCUCGUCAAGGAACUAAUCGAGCAUUUGGAGGAGCAGAACGUGGACGCGUUCACCGAAGCUGUGAAGACAUACGACAGUAUAUCGCGACUGGACCAGUGGUACACCACCAUACUGGUCCGCAUCAAGAAGCAAAUCAACGAUAACCCCGACCUGCGCUGAGCCGUCAUCGCCGCGUGAGUCUUGUCUAUGCCCGUUGUUUAUUGUUUCGGCUGAAUACUUGAUUGAUUUUGAAUGCGCCAUUU